AUGGCACAUUUCUCAUUCUCUUCGAUCCUGCAGGGCUUUUACCAUGCCUGGCAGUUCAUCUUCACCGUCAUCCUCAUCCUCAUCUGGAUCGUGGCCUGGCUCGUGCAGGCGGGGUCCAUCGACAUGCCCGAGUGGACAAAGGACCUGCGCGACCAAGACGAGGAGGACUGGAAAGUGUACGCUGCCAUCCUGAUAGCUCUGGGUUCUUGGUGUUAA